AUGGCGGAGGAAACUGGAGCGAAAAGACUCAAAUCGCCACCCUUGAUUGGCACUCAUAACGGUCACUUCCACGCAGAUGAGGCGCUCGCCGUUUAUCUUCUCCGCUUGCUGCCCGCCUACUCGACAUCUCCCCUUAUUCGUACACGAGACCCGGCUAGAUUAGCUACCUGUCAUACUGUCGUUGACGUUGGAGGGGUGUACGACCCCGCUCUGAAUCGAUAUGAUCACCAUCAACGAACUUUCGACACAACCUUCCCACAGCAUCAGACCAAGCUGUCUUCUGCCGGGUUAGUAUACAUGCAUUUUGGAAAGGCAAUAAUAGCCCAGCAUAUGGGACUCUCCAGCGACCACCAGGACGUGGACACCAUUUACGAAAAGCUCUAUGGAGAUUUUAUUGAAGCGCUCGACGCACAUGACAAUGGAAUAUCUGUCUACUGUCCAAAGGACAUCUCUAAUGCGGGCUUGGAGAAACGGUUCCGAGAUGGUGGUAUUAACCUAGGCUCCUUGAUCAGUGACAUGAACCUCAGCGGACCAGGCGAGAGCCUGGACGAAGACGCUCUAUUUGCUAGGGCUAGCACCUUUAUUGGAGAGACAUUUUCAAGGAAGCUCCACGCAGCGAGCAGCAAAUGGCUGCCUGCCCGUGCUACGGUUACCCAGGCUUAUCGAUCUCGCUUUGAUGUUCACCCUUCGGGGAAGAUAUUGUUGCUGUCAAACUCAGGAAUUCCAUGGAAAGAACAUUUAUACCGCCUGGAAGAAGAGGCUGGAAACGCAACGACAGGAGGCACAGAAAAUAAUGUCAUAUAUGUCAUAUACCCUGAAUCAAGCACUGAGGAUGCCAACUGGCGUGUUCAGUGCGUUCCCGUGAGUGAAAGUAGCUUUGAGUCCAGGAGAGCUCUUCCAGAAGCAUGGCGUGGUGCGCGGGACUCGGAGCUCGAUAGAAUCAUAUCUAAAGAAAUGGAUGCAAAGAAGCGAGACAGGAUACCUGACGGUGCCAUAUUUGUGCAUGCCAGCGGGUUUAUCGGAGGGCACAAGAACAAGACAGGAGCACUCGCAAUGGCCAUUGAAGGCCUUAGUUAG